AAGAAGAAGAAGUGCGGCGCAGGGGACUGAGAGGAGAACUGUGGUUACCUGUUUGAAGACGAUCCACUUUUUCUUCUUCUUGUCCCCUCGAUGCUAUCCACUGAUAGGUGGCUGAAAUUUGAGGACACGCCGACAAUCCGUUCCAUCUCGCUUCUGCCUCGAGUCUUUUGUGUGCACGUUGAAAUUUAGCCCCCUGCUUAAGUUAGCCUAGCCUAGUUUAGCUGCUUAUAAAGACAACGAACAACGCGCGCAACACAUCGUCGAGCAAGCAAACAUCAAGCCCCGAAAUGUCAGAUGUCAGCCAAGCUCAUCAUCCUGAGCACCAGGGGUCUGCGUGCAUCAAAGAGGAAGAAGAUUUACCAUACAUCAAGGAAGAGGAGGAGGAACAGUUGGUAUACAUUAAAGGUUUCGGAAAAUAUUGUGAUCCUGAGCAGCAGCAGCCAGAGUCUCUUGGCGUUAAAGAGGAGGUUGAGCUCCCCCAAAUCAAACAGGGGAAGCCAGAGCCCCUUCAACAGCAAGACAAAGAAGAGCAGCGUCCAAUCAAAAAGGAAGAGCUGCCAUACGUCAAUGAGGAUGAAGAUUUUACCAGGUCGACUGGCGAGCCCUUGAAGAGUAAAGAUGGUCCGAGUGAGGUUAGCAGAGUGGUAAAGCCUCCAAGGGGCAGCAGCAGGUCAACAGACGUAAUGCAGGCAGACAAUUUCAUAGCUCCACCAUCUGAUAGAAACGACGCCACAUCACACUCGCCUGACACUGAUGACGAUGGUCAUAAAGGUUCCAGUGACAACAAAUGCUGCAAAUGCUCUGAGUGUGGGAAAACCUUUGGUAAUAGGGGUACUUGUCUUGGCCAUAUGAGCAGAGACUCCGGUAAGAAAAUCUUUCCUUGCUCAGUUUGUGGUCAAAUAUGCAGUCACAAAAAUGCUUUAGAAGUACACACAAGAACCCACACGGGUGAAAAACCUUUUGCCUGUUCUGUGUGUGGUCAAAGAUUCACGAGGAAGGAAAGCUUGAAGAUACACACAAGAACACACACUGGAGAAAAACCAUUUUCCUGCUCGGAUUGUGGUCAAAGAUUCACUUGGAAGGAAAGCUUAAAAAUACACACAAAAACCCACACUGGUGAGAAACCUUUUGUAUGCGCAGUUUGUGGUCAAGGGUUCUCUACAAAACAAAACUUAAAAACCCACACAAGAACCCACACUGGAGAAAAACCCUUUUCCUGCUCAGUUUGUGGUCAAAGAUUCACUUGGCAGGAAAGCUUAAAAAUACACACAGGAACCCACAGUGGAAAAAAACCCUUUACCUGCUCAGUUUGUGGUCAAGGGUUCUCUACAAAGCAAAACUUAAAGACACACACCAAAACACACACUGGAGAAAAACCUUUUUCCUGCUCCGUUUGUGGUCAAAGAUUCGGUCAGAAGAAAGUCUUGAAAAUACACACAAGGACCCACACUGGAGAAAAACCUUUUUCCUGCUCAGUUUGUGGCCGAAGCUUCUCUAAAAAGGGAAACUUAAAAACGCACACAAGAACCCACACUGGUGAAAAACCUUUUUCUUGCUCAGUUUGUGGCCAAAGAUUUUCUUGGAAAUAUAAGGUAAAGAGGCAUGCGUGUGUUGGUGUGUGAAGCAGUGGCCAGUGACGGAUUUUCCUCUCAUCCAUGAUGGCUUCACCAGUUUGCAUGCAGGAUGAUUGUAUUCUGUGGGGCUUACCUGAUAAAGUGUUGACAUGACAUGAAAAAACAUGUUUAUUUCAUAUUACACGUGUUUAUGCUUUAGUUUCAUUUAAUUUUUCUUUUAUCCCAGGCAAUUAUUGUCUGGGAUAAAGGAAAAAUUCCACUAAUCUGUAAGUGUAGCAAAAAUUACCUUCAAAACAACUGUUAAAUGUCAUUUCUAAGUCUAUAAAGUUAGGAAAAUGUACACACACAUAAAGUACAACAGUUAAAAAAAAAACUGAUACACUGUAUCAAAUACAGUUUAUACAGUGCCACCACCUGGCACACUGCCGCUUUUGCUGGUUUUCCCACUUGCAAAGGUCUGUAAUUUGUAUCAUAAAUUCUCUUCAAUUGUGAGGGACGGAAUCUAAUACAAAAAAACAGAAUAUCAUGUUGUAUGAUUUUUAAAUAAUGAAUCUGCAUUUAAUUGCAUGAAAUAAGUAUUUGAUACGUCACAAAAAUCGAACUUAAUAAUUGGUACAGAAACCUUUGUUUGCUAUUACAGAUACCAAAUGUUUCCUGUAGUCCUUGACAAGGUUUGCAAACAAUGCAGCAGGGAUUUUGGCCCACUCCUCCAUGCAGAUCUUCUCCAGAGCCUUCAGGUUUCGGGGCUGCACGGACUUUCAGCUCCCUCCAUAGAUUUUCUAUCGGGUUCAGAUCUUGUGACUGGCUAGGCCACUCCAGGACCUUAAGAUGCUUCUUACGGAGCCACUCUUUAGUUGCCUUGGCUGUGUGCUUUAGGUCGUUGUCAUGCUGGAAGACCCAGCCACGACCCAUCUUCAGGGCUCUCACUGAAGGAAGGAGGGUGUCAGCCAAGAUCUGGCGAUACAUAGCCCCAUCCAUCCUCCCCUCAAUACGGUGCAGUCGUCCUGUACCCUUGGUAGAGAAGCAGCCCCAAAAAAUGAUGUUUCCUCCUCCAUGUUUCACGGUUGGGAUGGUGUUCUUGGGGUUGUAGUCAUCCUUUUUCCUCCAAACACGACGAGCCGAGUUUAGACCAAAAAGUUCCAUUUUGGUCUCAUCCGACUAAUUGACCUUCUCCCAUUGCUCCUCUGGAUCAUCCAGAUGGUCAGUGGCAAACUUCAGACGUGUCUGGACAUGCACUGGCUUCAGCAGCGGGACCUUGCGUGUGCUGUAGGAUUUUAAUCCAUGACGGCGUAAUGUGUUUCCAAUGGUUUUCUUCGAGACUGUUGUUCCAGCUCUCUUCAGGUCAUUGACAAGGUCCUGCCGUGUAGUUCUGGGCUGAUCCCUCACCUUCCUCAUGAUCAGUGAUGCCCCACGAGGUGAGAUCUUGCAUGGAGCCCCAGAAAGAGGCAGAUUGACCGUCAACUUGAACUUCUUCCAUUUUCUAAUAAUCGCUCCAGCAGUUGUUACCUUCUCACCAAGCUGCUUGCUUAUUUUGCUGUAGCCCAUCCCAGCCUUGUGCAGGUCUAUUAUUUUAUCCCUGAUGUCCUUACACAGCUCUUUGGUCUUGGCCAUUGUGGAGAGGUUAGUUUGUUUGUUUGAGCAUGUGAACAGGUGUCUUUUAUACAGGUAACAAGUUCAAACAGGUGCAGUUACUUCCGGUAAUGAGUGGAGAACAGGAGGGAUUCUUAAAAAAAAAAAAAACUAAGAGCCGAAAUAUUUACUAGUUGGUAAUGUAUCAAAUACUUAUUUCAUGCAGUUAAAUACAAAUUUAUUAUUCUAAAAUUAUACAAUGUGAUUUUCCGGAUUUUUGUAUUAGAUUCCAUCCCUCCCAGUUGAAGAGAACUUAUGAUACAAAUUAUAGACCUCUACAUGGCUUGCAAGUGGGAAAACCAGCAAAAUCGGCAGUGUAUCAAAUACUUGUUCUCCCCACUGUGUAUAUAUAUAUAUAUAUAUAUAUAUUUUUUUUUAAAGACAUUUUCACUAGAUGACAUGAAUAGCUGUUUGGAAAGACUUUGGAUGACUCACUGUGACCACAGUGUACAGUGAUCCCUCAUUUUUCGUGGUUAAUGGGGACCAGAACCUGCCUCGAUAUGUGUGUGUUCAAUGUAUUUAUUCAGAUUGAGCAUUGGAAAGAGAUACAUUUAAGACAUGUUUUUUCACUUUUUUCCCUAAAGUAUGACUUGAAAACUUGUAUAUAUAUUUUAAUAAAUGGUUUUUAAGUACUUCAAAUGUAAUAAUUAAGAUCAGUUUUAAACAACUGU